AUGCAACCAGCAUUUGGUGAGAAACUACCACGAUCCCUCCGACAACAGAUCGACGUUCUUGCUCAUGGACGCGGAUGUCAAGCCGCUUGCUCCAAUGCUUCAGCUGAAUACCUUUCCAUUGACCGUGAGCUUGAGCUUCGCAGCGAUCUGCGAACGCCAAUCAGCCCAUAUUCAGAUGCUUAUUGGAGCUACAGAAAAAACGAGCUUGACAGUAGAGAACUGGCACAAAAGGUAACAGCCCAAGACAUCGAAAGUUAUGUUGGUAGUGGAAUGGUCAACACUGGCGAGAUAUCCGAGCAGCAUUACGAUCCGUACGCCACUAAGAAGGUAUCUGGAGAAGCAUACGUAAAGUAUCCAAACACCGUCCCUCGUUCUGAAUCGGGGAAGCGCAGCGAACCCGAGAUGUCCGAUAGUGAGACGUUGCUUCCUCAACCAUCGCUGUACUCGGAAUCAGAUGCCACUCUCGUGCAAGACGAAUCGCUGCAUUAUGAUGUGAGUAGGGUAGAAGUUGAAAAGUUUUGUGUGGCAAGUCCAUCUGGGCGAUGAUG